AUGAAAUCCCUCGCCGGCUUGAUCAGCUGGAUUCCCUCGCCCUGGGCCCACAAGACAUCAAAUGCCAAUCCACCCGCCCAACAGGUCGGCUCCUUGGAGGACCUCCCACUGGAGAUCCUCUACCUGAUAGCCGAGUCCCUCGACCCAGCCGCCAAAGCCUGCCUCUCACUCUGCAACCACCGUCUCCACGGCCUCUUCGGGCAGAAACACCCGUUCCGCAUCCGCACCGAGGCCUGGCACACCCUCCACACCAGCCUCGCCCGCGGCCACCCGUCGCUCAUCUACUGCCGGCUCUGCGCCCACGUCCACCGGCGCGAGGACAUCAGCCCGCCCGGCCCGGCCUGGCAAACCACGGCCUCGUUCCCGCGCCACGGCACCGAGCCGGCCAUGCGCGGUCUGCAGUGGUGUCUCGCGGUCCACCAGACCGAGUCCCUCUACCAGUUCAACUACAUGCACGUCCAGCUCGCCAUGAAGCGGCACGCCUGCGGACCCGAGCACGGGAUCGCGACGGCCGACCUCGCCCACGUCGAGGUGCUGACCGUCCCGUCGCGCCGGCUGACCAGUCUCCUGUCGGUGGAGGCGGAGGUGUGUGCUGCGCCCCGCGGGCAGGCGAGUCUGUGUCUCCGGCUGCAGAACUGGGCGCUCCUGCGCGAGCCCCAUGUGCAUCGGUUGCCGUUCAUGAGGAUCUGUGCGCAUCGUAAUGUGCAUGUGCCGCAUGUGUCGGCGGUCAUUCAGAAGGGGCUCGAGGAGUAUCGGUGGCGGGCGUUUGAGGCCAGGGAGAGCGGGACGCGGACGGGGACGGGGACGGAGACGCCGAGCGAGCCUCCGCAGACGUUCCAUUGUCCCUCGUGCGACACCACGUAUCAAGUCGAGGUGCGGACGUGUGGUGAUGACGGCGUGGCGGUCGUGGUGACCAAGUGGCUGGAUCUGGGGGCCGGGCUGGAUCCCCAGGAUCACGACUGGACGCGACAUAUCUUCGGUGACAGGCUUGACCGGAGAGCGGCCAUGCAUGCCCUGCCAGAGGAGAGUGUCCGCACGCGGUUUGAGCGCAGCAGUGCCGUUUCGCGGGAGGACCUGACCAGGCGCAACAGCGGUCUGCUGGAGGGAAGGGCGUAUACGCGGAAGAUGGACCACUGGUUUGACCAUGUGUGGGUGCUGCAGGGGAAUAAACGGCUGCCGAUCUACUGCUACCUGCCACCGAAGAAGAACGUUCUUGCGUCGCAGGUGCGACAUCGGAGUUGA